AAAUUUUGUAGCGGUCUAAAUUGAUUUCUAAAGACGAACAAAUAAACAAUUAUCUCAUGCAUUACCUACAAACUAUGUGAUGUCUUCCGACCCUGCAUGGCCAUAGAGAUUGCUCCAGAGUUAGAUAAAGGUAUUAUGGAAAGUACUUGGAUUGUAAUUAGUGAGGAUCUCCAAUUGUAACAGCCUCUAAGGAUCAUAAUUCAACUGCACUGACAUCCUCAAUGGAAAGUCCAAGCAAUAUCAGCGCCAAUACAUCCAGCAGUUCUUCUGCUAGUGAAGUCUUGAGAAGGUCCACUGCACCUCAUGGGUCACAAUCUGAACAUGGAAAACACAACUCUUCAGAUAUCUCCUCUGCCAACUCCAGCAUAUCAAGUUCUGGUUCUACUAGAGUUCGCAUCAAAGCAAAGUAUUUGAAAGAAAGAAAGUCUCCAUUUGAGACAGAUGGCCCCUUUAGCACCCCAUACCUGCCACCAGCCCUGCCUGGGAACUUGCCAGAAGGAUAUAAUGUCCAGAGGGAUGUUAGUGAUGUACAGAGGCACAACACUGUGACACCAGCCAAAGGUGACAAUGUUUUGGCUGAUCAAGUCACAAGUUCUAGAAAGGGUGACAGCCAAGAUGCACAGGGUUCAUAUGCUGUAUCUACAAAUAGUAUGAGUGGUGACAUUUCUAACAUCCCAAGGGCUUCCAUGUCAAACAGUCAGCACAGUCAUGGUGAUCAUGAUCGGUCCUCAAUCAGUAGUAGCAGAGCAGUACCAGAAGUGAAACAGCUACCUGCGUGUACAUCCUCAGCAAUGAACAAAGAAAAUGCACAUAAAAAGGGCCCUGGUAUCCUGAAGCAAGGAGCUCCUACCAGCAGUGAUGCUCCACUUCAUAGUGCAACCUUUGGACACCCGAUGGAUGUUAGGAUCACUCAGUUCACAAAAGGUCAACGCCAACAUGUCAUGAGAGAUCAGCUCCUUAAAAGAUCUGACAGCUCAAAGCCCAUAAAGCGUUAUUAUCAGCCAAAACUGAUACCAAAUGGUAGAGCAUCAGCAACAAAACCGGAAGAACCUCGUGCAUCUCCAUCUGAUGCGGGUACCAUGGCAACAGCCACUGCUGCAGCAGCUGCUGCCGUGGCAGCUACAGUCCCCCUUCUGAAGACUCAGAGUGAUUUGGAGUCCAAGAUGAACAAUAUAAUGGAGAAACUGUCCAUCCUAGAACAUGUGGGCCACAGCACUCCUCCCCCACUCCCCUGGGUAUAUCCUAUGGGUCCGGGGUGGGGUGGUGGAGGCUAUGAUGCCCGACAUGACUUGGGAGAGAUGACACAACGUAGGUUAGGAGAGCUUGAAGAAUUGCAGAGAAAACAACAAGAAAUGCAGUCGGAAUUAAGAGCAUUAUCCCAGAGAAAUGCAGAUGGAAGCAGUGAGACAGCCAAUGGAAUAUCACACCAUCAAGGGGUACAUACCUUCUCUGACCAUCUAACUUCAUCUGGUACCACUGCCAGUCACAUUAGGUCUCAGGAGUCAAAACAUGACAAAGAAGUUCUCCAUAAAAGGGAGGAUGGGAAACCAGAACUUGGACAGUCAGGCACAGAUCCAACUCCCUCUUCAGGGUCACCAACAUUGAAAAAUCACCUUGACAAGACUGAACAGUUAAGCACAAAUCUAAAGACUUUACCACAGUCAUCAAGAACUAAGGCUACGCUUGACAAGUUGUCUGGUGGAGAGCCUCCCCAGCCUCCGGUGAAACAGGUCAAGUACACUCCAGUGGUGACUUUACAUCGUCUCCCUCACGGUGAAGCAUCCAGGGACAGUCAUAAGCAGAUGGGCCAUCAGGGAGGUGUAAGGGAACACCAUGGUACCCAGACAUCACCGUUAGAGACCCCUGCACCAAGAAGGCACGCACCUCGACCACACUCGAAGGAGAUGAGGUCAACUGGAUUGUCACACCUGGGAAGGGGUUUGCUUGAGGAAAUCUUAUCUAGUCAUGAUGAGGAUGAAAGGAGUAGGGACCUAAGGCAACAAACCAAUCAUCUUUCUUCACUGAAUGUCAACUCAUCAAAUGCAAGGUAUGUCAGGACUUGUGUGUGUGUGUGUGUGUAUCUGUGUCUGUGUUAGUAUGUGUGGUUAAUGUAGGGCUGUGGUUUGUGGAGAUAUAUUGGAGCCAGUCUAUCAAAGAGUUCCAAUAGAUGAAAAUCAAUUUCAACUGAGUUUGGUCUCAAAUUAUGUAAUUAAGUUCAAACUCAAACUGAGAUUGAUAGUAAAUUUGAUAAUUAAAAGAGAAGAGGCAACGUCAUUCUUGGUUUGAGUUUGAUAUUACUCUAUUGUAACUCCUUUAAAGAUGAAGCCCCAAACCAAAAAGUGAUUCAAUGUUUUGUGAAGAAAAACCCCUAAAUAACUUGGGCCAUUGAUAUGGCAAUUCUUUACAUGCACUGCCCAUUUUAAACAGAAGUGAGAAUACUGACUUAUAGAUAUAAAUAUUUCUUGCAUAAGUGUUUGUCAUAUUGGAGGAUUCUUUGAACAAACAUACUGUAUUGUACUCUAGAUAAUUGCUUUUGUUUUCGGUUUGCUUUCUCAUCGAUGUGAUUGAGUGGAUCAAUGCAUAUGACAUCACAAAACAUGCAAACAGAGUUGUAGGAGAUGUGCCAGCUGCAGUUCACCAAUGCAAAUUGGUGCAAAGCAAUGGCUUCAUACUCUUAGAUGGUGUUUCAAUGACGUCAAUGCAUAUAGACUGUUGCAACUCUUUGUUAGAUGGGGUCCUGGUAUUGUGUGUGGUAACUGUGAAGCGAUGAGUCUCAUUAGAAUUAUUGUAAUUGAGUGAUCAUUUUUGCGAAAAAGUUCCUGUCUACAGGAAUGUAAGACAUUCUGGUACACUUUGAUAUUUACUUCAGUUUAGAAACAAAAUGGCAUGAAAGAUAUUGCUUGGUUUUAGGAAAGUGAAGGAAAGGUUACGAUGAGAGAGAAUAGAGAGAGAAGUAGGCGAUUAAUUCAUGCUUUGUAGAUGCAUGCAUUGUAGGUCCAUGGACAUUGUACCGAGAAUUGCUCUGUGUAUGAUGGUGUCCGAUGCCUCUUUCAAACUCAGACUUACCAAAGUGUUAUGUAGAUUAAUAGUAUGGCAAUGUUGAUGAGGAUAGGGGAUGAAUUUGUUCUCAUUUUGAAAUUGAAUGAUGACUGGAAGAAGAACAGUACAUGAACUUUAUUUUGAUAGCCGGCU